AUGGCGGACUCGUUGCUCGCCUUUUUCACCAUCAUGGACAGCCAAGACGGGAUUAUUGUCAAAGACCCUCCAAAAUUCGAUCUCGAUCUUUAUAUUCAAAAUUACAAAGGUCGCACCCGGUUCGACCGUCUCUUUCUCAUCGGGCGCAGCUCAGUGCCGCUGUGUGUCGAUGCGCUGAAAGCAGCGAUUGCCGAAGCCAAGCGUGGUAAAGAUACCCAGAGAUAUAGGGAAGCGGUCGAGUGUCUGCGAAUUGCGGCACCUUCGGAACCGGAGGCCACCUUCGACCAGGCAUGGCUGGAAGCGCAAGAGGCGGCCAAUCAGAUCGAGACGAACCGCUUGUUGACGGAAUUGAAGGGUUACAAGAACAACCUCAUCAAGGAGAGCAUUCGGAUGGGCAAUGAAGACCUUGCCAAGCAUCUCGAGAGCAUCGGCGACCUUAAUGCCGCGGCCGAGACAUAUUCAAAGAUGAGGCCCGAUGUCAGCACUCCCAAGCAGUUUCUCGACGUCGGGAGGCACCUGGUUCGUGUGUCGAUACAGCGGCGUGAAUGGGGCAUGGUGAGCGCCCACCUCAGCAAGAUGGGCGGUGCUCAACACGCAGAGGAGGAAAAGGCCGUCCAGCCAUACCUCAGAAUUGCUCAGGGAAUUGCGCUUCUAGGGCAAGAAAGGUUCAAAGAUGCCGCACUCAGCUUUCUCUCAGCCGACUCGACUAUCACAGCAUCAACCUACAGUGAAGUCGCCAGUCAGAGCGAUGUCGCCGUCUAUGGCGGCCUCCUUGCUCUGGCAUCCAUGGACCGAAACGAGCUGCAGAGCAAAGUUCUUGACAAUUCGCAGUUUCGAAGCUUCCUCGAGCAGGCCCCGCACAUUCGCCGAGCUGUUACCCAAUUCGUCAGCGGCAGAUAUUCCGCGUGCAUUGCCAUUCUCGAGUCGUACCGCCCGGAUUGUCUCCUGGACAUCUACCUUCAAAAGCACGUCGCGGCCAUCUACUCUCAGAUCCGGAGCAAAUGCAUCAUCCAGUACCUGAUCCCGUUCUCAUGUGUCAGCUUGGAUACCAUGAACAAGGCCUUUGGUGGCCCGGAUCAGGGCAUCGAGGACGAGCUGGCCGACAUGAUUCAGUCGGGCGCAGUCGAGGCUAGGAUCAACACCAUAGACAAGCUGGUCACUACCAAGGCGGCCAAUCCGAGAGCGAAAAUGCAGUACUCGGCACUCCGGGCCGCAGAGAAUUACGAGAAACAGGCUCUUGACCGCCUCAGGCGUAUGGGACUCGCCGCGGCGGAGCUCGAGCUCAAGGGAGGAAAGAAAAUGGGCGCCUUUCCCAGCAACCAAGCAGACUUCAUGAUCGAGGAGUCACUGGAACUGUGA